AUGCAUUAUUCACACUGUCUUGCCUUAUUGGGCGGGUUGUCAACCGCUUCAGCUGUCAUCACGGAUGGCACAUGGGAAGAGCUGGCCGAAAUCCCGCUGUACCCACGCCAGGAAGACACUGGAGUCGUGCUCAAUGAGACGACCUUUGCGAUUCUCGGCGGAGUCAUUCCGUACUCGCCGCAGAACUUGACAGUGGGCAACACGACGAGCAUCAUGCAAUUCUACGACGUGCCGUCUAACACGUGGACUCGUGGGCCGGACAUCCCGCUGCCGCGGAACCACGUCAACGCGGUCGGCUACAAGAACAAGGCGUAUAUCGUAGGGGCGCUGCAGGCGCUCAACAACAGCUACUGGGCGGGCGACGGUGCGUCGUAUGAGUGGGACCCCGAGACCAACGCGUGGUCGAACCUGACCAGCCUGCCGGCGGGCACGGAGCGCGGUGCCGCGCUCACGGUGGCUUACAACGACGUGAUUUGGGUUGUUGGCGGCGUGGUGUCGCUGAUCCCGGGGCCGGGCAACCCGCACCACACGGUGGCCAACGUGUCGGCCUUCAACCUGACGUCGCGGUCGUGGGUGGACCUCCCCGCGGCGGCGGCAAACCUGCCGGAGCCGCGAGACCACGCGACGGGGGGCAUCGCGGGCACCAGGCUGUGGCUGGCGGGCGGGCGCAUCAACGGGCAGAUCAACAUGCGCGGGACGGUGUACUCGCUGGACCUGGAGGACCUCGAGGCCGGGUGGACGACGCACCCCAACGACAUGCCGACGCCGCGGGGCGGGGCGAUGUUCGCGAUGGUGGACGGGCUGCUGUGGACGCUGGGCGGCGAGAAGAACGUAAGCAGCGUGUCUGGCAUCUUCAACCAGGUCGAGGUGUUCAACACGACUAGCGAGACGUGGACGCAGCUGUCGCCCAUGAAGGUGCCGCGCCACGGCUUCAUCCCGGCCUACAUCAACGGGUCUCUGUACCUGCCGGGAGGUGCCACCAUGGCGGGCGAGUAUCCGACCACGUACCAUGACAAGUACAUCUUGCCUUCUCUAUAG